CUUUGCAGAAGUGGUUCAAGUUGUGUCGGAAAAAAAUAAAAACUAUCCCCCGGUUGCGGCGAAUAAAAAUGGCGCUUCUUCUAUAAUGGGGGGUUCAUCUCCUGUAGAAGCUUUUGCUACAACUAAUCCAACAAGAAGCUCAAGAACUACAUUGAACGCGCAAGAGCCGUCUACUUCAUUGAAUCAAAAUCGAAUUAUAUCGGCAGAAAAUAACUCCUCUUUGUCGUCCACUGUAGCUGCCAACCUUGCGAAGAUGAACAACAAGACAAAGGAACAAGAAAAAUCCACCCUCUUGACCCACAGCAGCACAGCCCUUGCCCCGGUGGUAAAAGUGGCGGAUUUUGUCGGGGAGCGAUGGCAAGAGAUAGAGUCGUUGCUCAAGGAUCCAGACGCACCUGUACCGGAGCCGUUGAAGCAGCGCUUGCGGAGGCGAGCGAGAAGUCACAAGCCUUUCACAAUUUUGUCUCGGCAAGCGACGAACCGGGACGCGGGGUUCAGGCCCAGGAUUACUAAUGCCGCGAUCAGGGACAGGGUGUUGAGGUCGUUGUUGUUGUUGACGCAGCAGCAGAUGCAGCAAGCGCAACCUGGUGUGCGGCCAACAUUGCCAAUGAUCCACGACCACGACCCAAAUGGCGAGAAUUAUGAAGCGAAAAUAAUAAAGUCGGAAGGAUCUUCAGAUGACCUGGAAGAUGUUGAUCUCGCGAACUUUCGCUUUUCCACCUUGGACCGUAUCAACAAGAAGAAACAUAAAGUCCUUCCACCACGAGAACAAUCAGAAGAGGUGUUGGUGGACCUCCGAACGAAAGAGCCAGAAAAUGUUGAAAAAUCCCCAAACGAAGUACUAAAGCCCUUCAAGCUUCUCCGGUGCCACAAGCGCCGCGACGCCGUUUUCUCCCACACACUACAACUGUCAAGAACAUCAAAUCCGGAAAAUAAAACUAAAUGGCUCGGUCUCGCCACCCAUGUAUGGCACGCGAAACGAUUCCACAUGGAAACCGUCUGGGGCUGGCGGCUACCGAAAAAUUCCUGCGAGAUUGGCGCCCGCGCUGUUUGGCGCAAAUGCAAAAAGCAGGGCUUGGUCCUGCACGACAGGUCUUACGCGAGAGUUUUGAAACUUUCUGCGGCGUAUCAAAUGUAAAAAUGUCUGGGUCUGGAAGAUUGCCAGGCUUGUCAUGCACGUUUUGCAUGACUCCUGAUGUCUGUGAUGCAUGCCCUAGCAUGACAGAUUUUCAUUUUGUGAGGGCUUCCGGAUGCCUAUACCGCAUGACAAAUGCUGAUCUUUCCGUGUAGCAAAGCUUGGACUCUCACUCUCUUUGCUGCUCAUGCAAUACAGAUUUUUUUAGAAUCUAAAAUCAGCAUGACUAGUUGAAUUCUUCCAGACCCAGACAUUUUUACAGUUGAUACGGCGGCGAAAAAACCAAUUGUGGACUUGAUGCGGGACGCUUUCGGAAUUCAGAUGAAACACCUAAUGGCGAAAAGAUAUGCACAUAAAACUUGUUUUGCUGCAAGAGCAGCCGCGACUUCUAAGGACAGCACUGAGGACAUCAAAAAUUUGAAAACUACAAGAAGUGGUGCCUCUAGUUCCUCUGCCAACAUCUUGAAGCGGCCGAAAGCGGGAGUAGACGCAAAAAAGUCCACGAAGAAGAAGAAAUUGAACAAAGAAACGGAAGGGAACUGGCGAGGCCUCGUGGAUCUGAGGCGCGGCCGGAUGCAGGCACAUCAAGAACUACUCUCAGUAGGAGCCGACGAGGAGGGUGGACGAGGCUUUUUACAUGAAAGCGACAAGGUGGACAUGGACCAGAACCAGCUAAUCAUGAAGGACGUGCCGUUCGUUUGGUUUUCUUCUGACGUCGGAAAGAACAAUUCAUCAACCGAGCAGGAGACCGCAAGAACCUCCUGCCACGACACUUCGUUCGCAAAAGUGUUCGGGACGACACGGAACAACUCUUCCUCGAGGACGAGGGAGCCACCUCCACAAGGGGAAGAUGCUGUUGUUGAACACGCUCUUUUUCUUUGGAUUCACCCAGCGGCGAUGUUCGAAGUCCAACAGAUGCUUCAGAACGCAGUUGCAUCACGACCUGGUGCUGCACCGAAGAAAACAGCUAGUACAGCAGCAGGAUCUACUGCAAUAAUAGAGAACCCACCUGCAGCUGGUGGUCGUGCUGCUCCUGGUCAUUCUCCUGCUCGACGACGAGAACAAGAACUACAUCAAGUCUCAGUGACCAUUUGCGACCAUCUGCACACCUUUGAGUUCUUCGGAAAUAUGGUGAAGAAAGCGAUUUUUCCACCGAAAUUCUCGAGGACACCUGCUGACGUAGGAGAGCUAGUCGCGGCGAAUCUACCGUACCGGAGGUUCGACCAGGGGGGAGCUGAAGUGAUUGACCAACUGCCGGUGGUCAUUGUUGAUACCAGCUCUAGAGCCGUGUCUUCAGUGACAACUUCUACGAGAAGUAAGACUAUGACCCCCGCCCCUAGUGUUGAGGACCACGACAGCGCGGCAGUAGAUGAUGAAUUUGCUAAUAUUAUAUCAAAGCGAGAAGUUGUUGUCAACAACCGUUCAUCCCUCCCCUCCUGCCAGCUGAUCUUUUUCGAGCCGGACCCGGCGAAGGUGCGGCAAUUCUUCCUUUACUUCAAAAUGGAGUGCCUGGCGGAGGUGAUUGGGUUCGAGGACCGACACAGGCUGAGAACAGCCUACCUCCAGCCGGAGUUUCCGUUUGAUUUUCCAGAGACAAGAGCUGGCACCGCGUGGCUGCAGAAGAGAGAAAAGGAAAAAGUGGUGGAGUUUAUCAAAAAGCCGAAAUCGAAACGGGUGAACUACGCCAAAUUCAAGGUCCACUCCCCCUUCUACGGGUUUUGGCCGGAUUACGACUUCGAAGUAGAUGCGGUCGUGCAGCCGGGAAGUGGUGAAGCUGCUGCUCCUGCUGGACACAAUUGUAGCAAUUGUUACAUUCCGCUAGAGCGAGACGUGGACUUUCUUCGCCACUACAACAACCACCGAGGAGAUGCAGCUGCGAGAAAGGUGGCAUCAAGCGCGAAAGGGAACAAUAGAGACGGCGAGGACCAGGUACAACUGUGUCAACAAACUCUGCCAGAAAUCGCCAACCUUCGCACAGUCGUGCAGAGAGACGGAAUUCGCUAUCUUCCCGGUAGCUGCAAAAACUUUCCGGCAGAAAAGAUCCGCGAUGUGGUUGCCUGUCGCGUUAUCCCAGUGUCGACCGGAGUGCCCGAACCCUGCACCCAUCUUUAUGUGAUGACGAAAAAUGCCGGAGCCGCGCCGGGAUUGGACUCUGGAGCAACUGCUGAUCAAGCGGCAGGAGCUCAGGUGCCGAUGGACGUCGAGGAGAACGAAAAUUAUAACGACAGCGCAAGAGGUCCAGCGGCAGUCUCUCAUUUUACAAACGGCACAAUAAGACGUCGAGGUAGCGACCAACAUCACAAAAACUUCCGCCUCUGCGGCUUCGUUCUUUCCGGUGGUUAUUCACAUGCCUUUAUCAAAAGGAAAAAUCCCCCCUCCCCAUAUCAAAACGAGGUCUCUGAUGCAGGAUUUGCGUACACAAAUAAGAUUUGUCUUGCUGGAGAGGAAUGCAGCCCCAUACUAAGCCGAAGUAGAGAGGUUCUGGCCUAGGCGUCUAGCAUGAGAAACGUCCGUGCUGUAGGCCCAUCAGCAUCACAAACCGCCGGCACAAUGCUGCGGAGCUUGUGGAGUUGCCUUCUUGCAAGACAGACGUGAUCUGAGGUCUCAAAUCAGCAACACAAAUUUCCGGAAACAUACCUUUUCGAUAUGGGGAGGGGGGAUUUUUCCUCCUAAUAGCCUUCGGACGGGCGAUCGGGUUGGGCUUCGUCGAGACAGAGGCUUACUCGGGCUACCUGUCAUCUAACCAAGUCGACACUUUCUUGUACAUGCGAAAUACUACGUCGAACUGUUACCACAGGGUUUACGUAUCAGCUGAUACAGAUUUGGGACAGAGAACCAGUAGGAAGGAUGUUGGGUAGUAGUUGUACUUCGUGGAACAAGUGGCACAAGUUCAAAAUAAUUAUCGAUCUUACUACAAGACGUUUCAACUACUUCAAGCAAAGCGACAUUUGAAUGAUUUAUUUUCUAUCAACGAGCAGGACAACCAAGAACGCUAACGCUUGUACAAUGCUAAUCGAAAAUUCCUGCGACGCAUCG